AUGGACCAGUCAAGGUCGACGAUAUCUAAAAUUGUAAGUACUAUGCCUACUUUUUAAAGAAAUGACCCUAGCAUUUAUUAAACAAUUAUGUCUGAAAAUUGCCACAAAGCAAAAGCAUUCCUCAUUGAAUGUCUUUUAAAUGGUUGUUUUUAGUUUUAGUAUAGUAUAUUAGUAUAAUUUGACAUACUGCAGGUAUAUUUGGUACUGUACUAUACAUGGGUGGAAAUUGACUUUAAAAAAAAAACCUGGCUAUUCUCUCUGUGUCCCCACACAGUUCAAUGGGGAGCCACGGUCGUACACACGCUUCAACCUGACCCAGAACAUGGAAGGCGAGAAUAGCCAGGUGGAGAUGACGCUGUCGUCCGACAUGGACGAGGAGAUGGGAGGUAACGGCGUGGGAGAGCACCUCAGCAAUGCCCGGGACCCCUACGUGGUACGCAAGGCCGCCUGGCGCACGCCCAAGAACAUCUGCUUCAUGGUGGCCGUUACACUCCUCAUCUUCAUCAUCGGUAAGAAUAGACAUUUAAAAGGACCAUUGACUACACAGACUAUUUACAUUGACCCCCUUUUAUUACUUGUUUCUUUAUUUGAAUUGUGUUGCGUGACUCCCUUGCACUGACUCUAUGCACACUCACUGGACUCUUCCCACACACUCACACAUACUACACUGACACUCCAACACAUACACACUACGUACGCUCACACACAUAGACACAUUCUUCACAGCUGCUACUUUGUUUAUUAUAUAUCCUGAUUGCCUAGUCACUUUCACCCCUACCCGCAUGUACAUACUGUAUUACCUCAAUUACCUCGUACCCCUGCACAUUAAUUCGGUACUGGUACUCCUUGUAUAUAGCCUCGUUAAUGUUUUAUUGCGUUACGAUUUUCUUUUUUUAUUUAGCAUAUAUUUGUCUUACUUUUUAAACUCUGCAUUGUUGGGAAUGGGCUCGUCUACACCUGGUUGUAUUUGGCGCAUGUGACCAAUAACAUUUUAUUUGAAUUGCAUUCUGGUGCCUCAGUCACUAUUAGUCACGUACGGUUUGAUUAUUGGUCAUAUACUGUAAAAGUCACAUGCUCAGCAUUAAAUUCGGAUAAAUUCAUGGGCCAAGAGAAACUAAUCCGUGUUUAGGUUGUCUUUUAAACAGCCGCAAAGAACUUCAGCUAACUUGAGCCACAGCUAGCUAAUAAUCAAUGGAAGUGAUAGGGGCAACCUGCACUGUCGUAUGAUUUAUGGAUUUUCCCAGACACCGAUUUAAGUAUAGUCAUGGACUAAAAAACAUUCUCUAUUGAAAGCUGUUUUUGUCUGGGACUUAACUUAAUCUGUGUCUGGGAAUCCAGCCUGAAGAGUUUAGCCUUUGUUUAGUUUCUGGCAGGGAUGGUGUUGUAUAGCUGCUGCUGACUGUGGUUUUGGGAGUAAUUGUGUCUUUAACUCAUUCAUUUGUCUCUCUUUCUGUUUCUCUCCCUCUCUUUUUCUCUUGGUUUCUGGCGCUCUCAGGCUAUCUGAUUGGCUACCUGGCCCACCGGAGGAAAGAGCUGGCUCCCAGCUGCUCUGUAUCCACCCUCCCUUCCAUUACCCAGGAUUCGUUUGAGACUGAAGAGACCCCUCUCAUGGAUUGGAACGACGUAAAAGGUCUGCUGCGUCAGAAGCUGAGCACCUCCAGCUUCGAGAUUGCGUUCAGGUGACUGCGCUAGCCUUGCCCAGUUGAGCUUGUCUGCUCUCAUGUGUUUCAACUUUAUAUUGAAAAUGAAUGUAAUACUACUAGCAAUUUUACUAUGUUGUGAAAUAGUAUGGCAGAUGCGUAUGAAACCUCACUAAAUGUCUACAUAUAAACAUGUUUGGUACAUCAACGUUGGGAUAAAGGUUUAAAAAGUAUAUUUAGCUUACCGACUGCUACUUUCUUCCUUCCACUAUCCUUCUGUCUCUCUUCAUAACCCUUUCUCUGUAUUUCUCUCUCUCAGCGAGUUUGCUAGUGAAAGCCACCAGGCAGGCUCCUCUGGAGACGAGAUGCUGGGCAACAAGGUGCUGCUGAGGUUCAAAGAUUAUGGCAUGCACACGUGGCACGACGAGCACUACGUCAAGCUCACGGAUCCCCCCGCCUCCGGCUCCAACAGGGUCACCUUCAACGGGUCCGACCUCGGAACACUGGGGGGCUAUCUGGCCUACAGCAAAACUGGAAUCGCACAGGUAAUCAUUAAAUAAUGUUUUCCCUUUUAGUUUUCUACAUUGAAACAAACUAAUUAGGAGCAUUGCAGUUGAUUACGAGUAUGACAAUAGCGCUGAUACUCUAGCUGUAAUAAAAGGCAUUUACUGUAACCUUUAUAUACUGUAAAACACUACAUAGCAGUUAUGAUGCAUUAGUAGCGAAUUAGUCAUUGUUUAUUUUCAAGCACUUGGCACAAUUAAAAUCCACUUUGCAUACACAUUUUUAAUUCUUCCAUAAUAGUCCCUCCAUAAUUAUGAAUGAAUUGUUGCUGAAUAUUUGAAGCUCAGGACAGGUUUCAACUUUAUUUUGGUUUCAAAGGGCGCAGUCCUUCACGGCUACUACGGCCAAAUGGACGACCUGAGGAAACUGCAGGAUAAGAACAUUACCUUGGAUGGGAGGGUCCUUCUGGUCAGAACUGGCAAAAUAAGUUUUGCUGAGAAGGUGAGGGAAUUGAAAAUGGCGUACUUCAUAAAGAUAUUUCAUAAGCUUUCAAAAUCUUGUUUCAUAAGCAUAUAUUUUAAUCAUUUCCAGGUCAUUGAUCUCACUUUAUUUGGAGGUUUUAGGAUAAGUAUGAUUAGUUUGGAUUGGCAAAUCUAGUCAAGCCUAUAUUGAUUUGAUGUAAUAACACAAGGUCAUCACUAUGUGUAAAAGUGUCCUGUUCCCAUGCUUUUCUUCCCAUUUUAAUAUCUCCUUCUUUUCUUGAUUUCAUAGGUGGCUAACGCAGCCAAGCUGAAUGCCUCUGCGGUUCUCAUCUACCCAGACCCUGAUGUCUACAGAGGGAUCGGGGGGUCCACUCAGCUCUUUGGCCAUGUGAGUGUGGUGGCCAUUUUCUUUAUGAAUUUGCAUGUAGGCAGACUUAUUUGCAUAUGGUUUGCAUUCCCAGCCAUAACUGAAGUCGAGAGCACGCACAAAGUUACUGUUGGGUAUAACAGCAAUAGCUAUUCUUUGAGACAGUUAUUGAACAGUAGUGUAUUGUGUACAAUUAUCUUUCUCUAGUGUUGCUUCAUCUAUUUGUUAAUCUUAUUCAGCUCCACUUUACACUCUGAAACCCUCACUAUAUUCUAGCCCAAGGGGGUGCACAUUCUUGUUCUAGCCCUGCAUCAACACACCUGAUUUAACUAAUCACGGGCUUGGCAAUUAGUUGAAUUGUCUGUUAGUUCAGGGCUAGAACAAACACAAAAGGUCAGGGUUCACCCUGUCGUUUGUCUCCGUCUCUCCGUAUCCAGGUCCAUCUUGGCUCAGGCGACCCUUACACCCCCGGGUUCCCCUCCUUCAACCACACCCAGUUUCCCCCCGUCCAGUCCUCAGGCCUCCCCAACAUUCAGGCCCAGACCAUCACCGCCGACAUGGCCGCCACUAUCAUGAGGUAGGUUUCCAUCAACUGAACCAAGCUCUGCGUGUAGUAGAAGUUGGGCCUUAGACACAGAUCUAGGAUCUGCAUACCAUUCCUAACCAUUUAAGGGUUAAAAUGUGAAAACUGACCUUAGAUCAGUGCCUAACAUUUUUCCACAAAAUCUUUGUCUCAACUUUGUCUCGAAACUCAGCGGGAUGGGAGGGAAAAGCGCCCCUUGGGCAGGUGUAGGCAAACUGGGAGACUAUGACGAUAUGGCCACGGUGGAGGUCAACAACGUCCUGGCUGAGAAGAAAAUCCACAAUGUGUUUGGCGUCAUUAAAGGCUUUGUGGACCCAGGUAUGGUUGACCUAUGACCCUGUGGGGGAAAACAAGUCCCCAGUAUUUUAUAGUAUAGUUCUUUAGUAAUUGGUGGCAUGGUUGGGGUCAGUUCCAUUUCAAAUGCGGUCAAGUCGGUAGAUAGUAUUGGAAUUCAGUGUGUGAAUUGAAAUAGUCCUAAUCAGAAACAGUGGACUAUAUUUCAUGAAUGGAAUUUCUAUUCAUUUCCCCCACAUUAAGGUAAAUAAAAUGGGAUUGACCCUAACUUUAGAGGCUAACUGCUAUUGUUUAGCGUCACAAAGCCCAUUGGCAAAUACUAUAAUAAUAUCAAAUGUCCUAAUCAUUUACACCCUUUACAUGUGCUGUGUCUCUGCCUUCUUUGCUGUAGAUCGUUAUGUGGUUAUCGGCGCCCAGAGGGAUGCAUGGGGCCCAGGCUUCGCCAGCUCCACUGUGGGCACCAGUGUGUUGGUGGAGGUGGCCCGCGCAAUCUCAGACAUGGUGAAAAAUGGUGGGUGAUGAUGCCAGGCCGAACCAUAGAAACCCCAUAGAAUAGACAUAAUGGAUACGGGUCCCUCAUGGCUCUAGUCGGCAGCCAUUUAGUAGCAUUUUGCGACCCUUUGACUUUGCUGUGCUAGUAAAAAAUGUAAUUGGUUGCACCGGUGCGAGCUGCAGAUUCUACCUGGUCACCUCAAUCAAAACGUCAUAUUUUUUGGGUGGAUAAAACCAUGAUUUGGUCAAACAGUAAAGUGCAUUAAAGCCACUCACUCAAUACUUAUUAUUGAGCUCAAAUCACACUGUUUUACAAUCAAAAUAUCUGAUAUGGCUUUGAAAUAUGGAGCGCGUGAAAUACACAUCAGUGUAUAAGGCCAUCAGUGUACUUCUUCUCAUUGGGUAGUAUUGAACAUGGUAGGAAAUCAACUAAAUCUAUUGAGCUCAUUAGACAAUUAAUUUGCCCAACUUUAUAAAAAGAUAUGAUUUGUAUUUCCUGCAACCUUUUGAAGAGGCAUCAACAUGGAAUGCCCCUGUCUCUGUGUGUGUACGGUACACGUGUUUGUCUACCGCUGUAGCUGUUAGCGCUGCUAUCAGUCUUCUGGAAUUUGGGGGAAAAACUAAAUGGAAUUUGGCAACAAAAAAAUUGAUUUUGUGGAGCCCUAGAAUUUCCACUUCCUCAGGUGGGGAAUUAGCACCAAUUUUGAAUUAGGCCUGUGUAAGAUUAGUGGACCUAAAGGUGAAGGCUAAUUCAUCUCUAUUGAAUAAAAAAAAGUCUGGAGCCCUAUUUUGACAGUGAAAUAUAACAAUGGCCUAAUUGUCAUGAAUUUUGGGUGGACAAUCACUGGAUUAGGUUGCAUAUCAAAAUAUCUUGAAUUAUGCGUUCCUGCUUGGACAUGUUAGAUGAAACAACUUAUUUAUUGAAUACCAUCUCAGUAGUCUAUUACACUUCUUAAUGAGUUAGGUCUUUAUAAUUACUUUAUAAGAUUAUUAAAACGUAUAUUGUGUGAUGUUGCGAUUUUAUUAGUUAGUCUGGAUCCCCGGUCUCUAAUCUACUGGUACUACCUUGGGCUUUCAUUCAAUUAUCUGAAAUGUGUUUAUGUAGUGUCUGGGGUUAAUUCUAAUGUAUUCCAUAAAUCUCAAGGAGCGUGUUUGUCAUUUGCAGUCAAUAAAGACUCAUUUUAGGUGACCGUGGGAUUUUGUUCACAUUAACUGAGCACAUUACAGGAGAAGUCUAAAGAUUUAAAAAAUGGCCUAUAGAUCACUUUUAUCUGCCAAGUACAUUUACAUGUACCAGGAAUUUGACCUGGUGUAGUGGUGCUGACAUUGUCUUACAAUUAACAAUACACAGAUAGAAUAUAGACAGAAGAUUGUCCACAUACUCUGCAUACGGUAUAUACAGUACAGAUAUAGUAAUACAAAAAAGGAACGGUUACACAUUAUAAAUAACAUAUCCCCAUAGCCUGUAAGGAGGCAACCAACUGUGAAUGAUGAUAAAAUGAUGUUUGUCCUAUGAUUGCUGUCUGUUUUCUUCUGACAGAUGGCUUCAAGCCCAGGAGGAGUAUCGUGUUUGCCAGCUGGAGUGCUGGAGAGUAUGGGAGUGUUGGCGCCACCGAGUGGUUGGAAGUAAGAACAGCACACUUGAUAUCAAUGCAAACCUUUUGUACUUGGAUAUGCUGAUAUGUCUCAACUCGUUUCUGUUUUCAGGGUUAUUUGUCUUCUCUGAACAUGAAAGCCUUCUCUUACAUCAACCUGGAUGGAGUUGUAAAGGGUGAGUACGGUGUAUUAUCUUUCUAUAUACAGAAUGCAUUGUUUGGUUUGUGGUAAUGACAUUUUACAGUUGCAAAGAAAUUAAGCAGACGCUCUUAUCCAGAGCGACUUACAAAUUGGUGCAUUCACCUUAUAGCCAGUGGGAUAACCACUUUACAAAAUGUUUAUUUAAUUUUUUUACAUGAGAACUAUAAGGUGAAAUUGUAACAUUUUCCUCUCCCAGGUUUCCAAACAUUCAAUGCCUCGGCCAGCCCUGUGAUGUACACCCUCAUCCAGAGCACGCUAAAGGAGGUGUGGCAGCGGAUCAUCUCGUUUGACUUGACAGAAUUUCCCUUAUUUUUCAUUAUGAAGGUGUGUAAUUGAGAUGUGUUGAAACUGGGUUGUUCUUCUCCUCAGGUCAACACUGAUUCCAAAAUGGAACUCUGCGAUUCAAUCACCGGUGCCAAUUGGACGGAAGCACUGUAAGUGAGACAGGACUUAGUGGUAUUUUAGAAGAUUGCAACAGUGUGGCUUGAUGGGCCAAGUACAUUUAUUUAUUUGAGUGCAGCUCCCAAAUAAAGUUAAUUGAAUUGCUUGUAGAAUUAAUGGACAUUUCACCAUCUUUUCUUGUGUAGUCAUGUUUUAUUUUGUUGUAUUUUGCAGCCUGGAGCCUCUGAGGCUAAACGAUCCCGCCUACCCCUUCGUCACCUUCUCCGGCAUCCCAGCUGUAUCAUUCAGCUUCACCACAGCGGUCAGUUUGUGAAAAGCGCCUUACAAUGCCUAAUGGUGUCAGCAGUACAACACCAUACGCAUAUAAAUAGACUCAAAUAACUGUUAUCGCUAAGACGAUACCAACACACUAUAUCCCAACAUGUUAUUGCUACCUAAUUGUUAUUUUAUGAACCCAGUUUUCCCCAUAUUUUGAAAGUAUGGCCAGUUACAAAUAGUUUAGCCUUCUUUGUGUGUGUGCACUGAGUGUACAAAACAUUAAGAACACCUGCUCUUUCCAUGACGUAGCUUUCACCUAGUUAGUCUAUGAUAUUUUAUUGGUCACUUGUUAAAUCCACUUCAAUCAGUGUAGAUUAAGGGAAGGAGACAGGUUAAAUACGUUUUUAAGACUUGCGAUAUGGAUUGUGUAUGUGUGCAAUUCAGAGGGUGAAUGGGCAAGACAAAAUAUUUUGGUGCCUUUGAACGGGUUAUGGUAGUAGGUGCCAGGCGCACCAGUUUGUGUCAUGCUGGGGUUUUUCAAGCGCAACAGUUUACCAUGUGUAUCAAGAAUUGUGCAUUAUGCUGAAACAUGAGAUGAUGGCGGCAGAUGAAUGGCACUACAAUGGGCUUUCGUAUCUCGUCACGGUAUCUCUGUACAUUAAAAUUGUCAUCGAUAAGAUGCAAUUGUGUUCGUUGUUCAUAGCCACCAUGGAGCACUCUGUUCACAGCGUUUACAUCCGCAAACCGCUUGCCCACACGACCCCAUCUGCCAUCUUCCCGGUACAGUUGAAACUGGGAUUCAUCUUUGAAGCGCACACUUCUAGUGGCCAUCGAAGGUGAGCAUUUGUCCACUGAAGUCGGUUACGACGCUGAACUGCAGUCAGGUCAACAUCCUGGUGAGGACGAUGAGCACGCAGAUGAGCUUCCCUGAGACUGUUUCUGACGACAUUUUGUGAAGAAAUCCUUCGGUUGUGCAAACCCACAGUUUCAUCAGCUGUCCGGGUGGCUGGUCUCAGACAAUCCCACAGGUGAAGAAGCCGGAUGUGGAGGUCCUGGAGUAGCGUGAUUACACGUGGUCUGCAGCUGUGAGGCCUGUUGGAUGUAUUGGCAAAUUCUCUAAAACAAUGUUGGAGGUGGCUUAUGGUAGAGAAAUUAACAUUCAAUUCUCUGGCAACAGCUCUGGUGGACAUUCCUGCAGUCAGUAUGCCAAUUGCAAGCUUCUUCAAAACUUGAGACAUCUGUGGCAUUGUGUUGUGACAAAACUGAACAUUUUAGAGCUGCCUUUUAUUGUCCCCAGCACAAGGUGCACCUGUGUAAUGAUCAUGCUGUUUAGUCAGCGUCUUGAUAUGCCACACUUUUUGUGUUUGUGACAUUUAGCAGACGCUUUUAUCCAAAGCCACUUAGAGUCAUGUAUGCAUACAUUAUUAAGUAUGGCAUUCUUUACCAUAACCCUUAAUCUUAUCCACUGUGUGUCUCAGGGCAAGGAAUACCCAUACAUCGGGACACUGCAGGAUACACGCGAAAAUCUGUACAAUGCCACGUGCAACCAGCUGGCCAAGCUGGCGGUGUCUGCAGGGCAGAUCGCUGGGCAAAUGGCCCUGCGGCUGGUCCACGACCACCUGCUGCGCCUGGACGUGACGAUGUACCACCGUCAGCUCCAAAACCACGUGGUCAACAUUAACCGCAAGGUCAAAACCGUGAUGAGUGUAAGUCGAGGCCUAAACACUUAAUUUCAGCACAGAACACAGUCCAGGGUGGCAUGGAUGGUGGGAAAGGACAUGUUCACUGUCUGGUAGCUAGAUGUUAGGAAACUGUCCAGGUAUAGAAAUGUGAACUUGGUAUGGGAUAAAGUUUUGGUGAAGCCAUUGGAGAAUUAAAAAUAAAAUAAUGUUUAGUCUGCCUGCCUGUGAUUUUGUUUUAUUCUGUAUUGUUUAUUUUCUUUACCUUUUUUUGUUUUGUCAGCAUUUCUGUUGACGCCUCGGCUCAAUUAUUUUGAUCUUGAUUGUUGUUGACCCCAGUUGAGGCCCGAGUUGUUGCCCAAGGCCCUGACUGUCCAGUGGCUGAUGUCCGCGUCUGGCUCCUACGGCCGAGCCUCCAACAGUCUGACCUCUGACAUCCAGAACAGCGACCUGAAGGACGAGGCGAUGUGCCGCAGCAUCAACGACCGCAUCAUGAGGGUGAAUGCCUGUCCUCUCAUUCCUCUAAAACCUCAAGCGUUGUCUGGUCCUUUUGAGGAUCGCUUUUGUUGGAAUUCGACCAUGUAAAGUCACAUGAUUUUGUGGAAGGCAAACUUUGCUGGGCUGCAGUGGCUGCAGGCCAAAUGUAUGAAUUUCAAGUAAUUAUGAAACCAAUAGGGAGAUAGGCCACUUAAUUUGAGAAUUACCAAAAUCCUACAUUGCAGCCCGACAGUGCCUGUGCACAUGGUUCAUCGUGUAACCUUGGGUGGAGGACGAUACUGAAACAUUUACUUACUUGUUUUCUCUACCUCACUUCCUCCUUUAGGUGGAGAGGGACUUCCUGUCCCCAUACGUGUCUCCCAGGGAGACCCCGUUCCGCCACAUCCUGGUGGGCUCGGGCUCCCACACCCUGAAGGCUCUGGCGGACCACCUGGACGCCCUGCUGAGCAACCACUCAGAAGCCGACGCGGAUCUGUUCCGGAAUCAGUUUGCCUUGGCAACCUGGACCAUCCAGGGCUGUGCCAACUCACUGGCGGGGAACAUCUGGGCAAUUGAUAACGAGAUCUAA